UGUUUUUGUGCUUCUGAUAACAUUUCAGUGUCUUCAACCCAGAUUUCACAACCAAGUAUUUACAAAGUAGAAGAGAACAAACAACCUGUAUUUAUUCUAGAGACAAAAAGUGAACCUAACUAUCCUGAAGAGCUAAGGGAAUCUAACCAGCAAGCAGGUAUUCACAUUCAAGAACAACCAGGAUCAUCUAACGAGCCAGAAAAGCAGCAGGAUUUUCAUCAGCAAGGGAGACCAGAAGGUUUGAGCCAGUCUGGCCUGUCUAGAUCUUUGUUUCUGCAAGGAAAUUCAAGAGAAUCAAACCUGAAAUGGAGUCCAGAAGCUUUUAAUAAACAAGGAAAAUUAAGAUCUCCUAGUCAACUACAGAAGCCAGAGUCUUUUAACCAGCAAGGAAGGCCAGCAUCAUCCAGCCAACAUGGAAAGCCAGAGUCUUCAAGCCAGCAAGAGAAAAAAGGAUUUUCUAACCAGCAAGGAAAGCCAGGAGCAUCUCACCAACAAGGGAAGCCAGGGUCUUCUAACCAGCAAGGAAGACCAGGAUCAUCCAGCCAACAUGGAAAUCCAGAGUCUUCAAGCCAGCAAGGAAAACAAGGAUUUUCUAACCAGCAAGGAAAGCCAGGAGCAUCUUACCAACAAGGGAAGCCAGGGUCUUCCAACCAGCAAGGAAAGCCAGGAGCAUCUCACCAACAAGGAAAGCCAGAGUCUUCUAACCAGCAAGACAUAGGGUCUUCUAGCCUUCAGGGGAAGCCAGGAUCAUCUAGCUAUCAAGGAAAUCCAGAGUCAUCUAGCCAGCAAGGUAUACCAGGGUCUUUAGACCAAUCAGAAAAACUAUGGUCAUCCAACCAACAAGGGAAUCCAGGAUCUUCCAGCCAUUGGGAGAAGGAAGGAUCUUCUAGGCCACAAGGAAAGCCAGAGUUAUCCACUGAGCAAGGAAUGCCAGGAUUUUCAAACCAACAAUGGAACCUAGGGUCUUCGAGCCAGAAAGGAAAACCAGGGUCAUCUAUCCAACAGAGAAUUUCAGGGUCUUCUAGCCAGCAAGGGAAUCCAGGAUCUUCUAACCAACAAUGGAAACUGAGGUCUUUUUACAGUCAAGGAAAAAGCAAAAAUGCAGAAAAAACUUUAAAUGGCAAAAUAAUGGCGAUUCAGACUGGCAGUACUGGUAGCAGGAACCCAACUAGAAAUAUGAAAUGUCAAGCUGCCUACAAACCAAUCUGUGGUUCUGAUGGAAAAACUUAUGAUAAUUGCUGUGUGUUUAAUGAGGCAAAGAGGUUGAGUAAUGGAGCAUUGAAACUAAACCAUGCAGGAAAAUGCUAGGCACUUGCGUGAGCCAAGUUAACCUGGAACUUCAAGAUCCACUUACAAUUCUGCUCUCACAGUGGAUUUUCUUAGGAGUUCAACUAGGUUCUCACGGCUCUGACAGAGCCUGUGUUAUUUUUUGUUUUCUUUCACUACAAAUAA